GGCUUGUUAUCUUGGAACGAAAUUAUCUCGAAAUUUAUCCAUAUGAUAAAUGGUCUGAUAGUUAUCUCCCUCAAUUCCGUCAAGGCGAAAAAUUUAUGCCGACAUCGUGUGAGAUGAAGGAAAGCGCUACAUCGCCUCCCGAACUAUUAACAGAGGCAGAAUUAAUCAGUAUUAUGGAUGCAAAUGGUAUUGGUACCGAUGCGACUAUUCACGAACAUAUCGCAAAGAUACUCGACCGACAAUAUGCAAUGAAGCAACCGAAAGGCAACAAAGUGUAUAUAGCUCCUUCCAAUCUGGGAGUGGCAUUAGUUAAAGGUUAUGAUCGUAUCGGAUUUGAAAUGUCAUUAUCCAAGCCUUAUCUACGUCGCGAGAUGGAGGCUAGUUUGAAGCUGGUUUGCGAAGGACGAAAGGAGAGGGCAGACGUCGUUAAAGAGAGUAUAGAGAUGUAUAGAGCUAUGUUUAUUAAGACAGGGGAAAAUGUCGGUCUACUGAUUCAGUCACUUACAAAGUAUCUGAAUUUGUCGGCGUUGGCAUUCGAUGAGGAAGAGUUUCGUUCAAUGAUGGAUGGGAGUCGUCGGUGA